AUGUCCGCCUCGAGUCAGAGAUCAGGCUCGAGCCACACAACUCUCGGCCAGGAGAGGGCACAGGAGCCAGAUCUUGAGAAACAGCCCACGGACAUUGCCGCUGAGGCGCCGGCGCCAACAGUACAAUACCCAGUAUCGGACUUGAGUCAGGGUAUCGUUGGAUGGGAGAGCCAAGAUGACCCCGAGAACCCCCAAAAUUUUGCGAGCAGCAAGAAGUGGUCUCUUCUCGCACUUAUUAGUGCAUUCACAUUGGUCUCCCCGCUUGCAUCGAGUAUGUUCUCGCCAGCUGUCGUCUAUAUGGGCGAGCAAUUUGGCGAGACCAAUGAGACGGUUCUUGCCUUGACAGUUAGUAUCUAUUUGAUUGGAUACACGUGCGGUCCCCUGUUCCUCGCCCCUCUCAGUGAAAUUUAUGGACGCCGCAUCGUUUUAUCCUCCGCCAAUUGGUUCUUCGUCGUUUGGCAAAUUGGUUGCGCCCUUUCCAAGAACAUCCAGACCUUGAUUGUUUGUCGUUUAUUAGCCGGUAUCGGGGGAAGUGCAUGCAUCACCCUUGGAGCUGGUGUGGUUGCAGAUAUGUUCCCAAGAGAACAGCGUGGUAUGGCAACUUCUAUCUGGAGCAUGGGCCCUCUUAUCGGACCUGUAGUGGGCCCAAUUGCCGGUGGCUUCCUUGGAGAGCAGGUUAGCUGGCAAUGGAUCUUCUGGCUUCUGUUGAUUGUUGGCGGUGCCAUGCAAUUUGGUAUUGAGAUCCUUAACAAGGAAACCUUUGCUCCGGUUCUGAUUAAAUGGAAGACCGCCAAGCUGGCAAAGGAGCUUGAUCGCACCGACUUGAUUAGUGCUUAUGAGGUGGGCAAAGAAAAGCUCACACCUGGCCAAACUCUAAAGCGCAGCCUCAUUCGGCCGGCUUUGUUGUUGACGAGGUCGCCCAUCGUGGCGCUUCUUUCACUUUACAUGUCUCUGGUCUAUGGCCUGCUCUAUCUUUUCUUCACAACCAUCUCGGAUGUCUUCACAAGCACCUACGGCUUCUCGGUCGGCCUAUCAGGCCUUGCAUACCUGGGCAUCGGCAUUGGCUUCAUUGUCGGUCUUGCUAUCAUGGGUGUGACAAAUGACAAAAUUAUGCUCAAGCUUAGAACCAAAAACGGUGGACAAUUUGAGCCGGAGAUGAGACUGCCGACUAUGAUCAUAUUUGCUUGUAUCCUGCCAAUCAGUUUCUUCUGGUACGGGUGGACUGCCGAUAAGCAUGUUUUCUGGAUUGUGCCUAUUAUUGGCAUGUUCCCCUUCGGUGUGGGUAUGAUGGGUGUCUUUAUGCCUAUUCAGACCUAUAUCAUCGAUUGCUACCCAGCCUAUGCCGCCUCAGCAAACGCAACCCUGACAGCGACUCGGUCGCUUGUUGGUGCUCUCCUCCCACUUGCCGGUACGCCCAUGUUCGACUCCUUAGGACUCGGCUGGGGAAACUCGCUGCUCGGGUUUCUUGCUCUUGCCUUUGUUCCCAUUCCCAUCAUCUUCACCAAGUACGGCAAGACAAUCCGUGAGCGAUGGCCUAUCAACCUUGAAAAUUAG